AUGUAAGACAAAUAAAUUAUUCAGCUUUUCGAAAAAUACUCUAAACUUAAUGAUCCAAAAUUAGUGUUCUAGACAAGUGAAUAAAUUUUAGAAAGAGUAAAAGAAGAUGAUAUAACCUUUGUAUUAUCCAAAAUUAUGAAUUGUUUGCAAUCAACAGAUUAUGACACUACUAUCAAUUAUGCCUUACUAUUAAAGCAACUAAUUUAGAAGUACUCAUCUAAACAUCAAAAAUUGCAACCUAAAGCCAUUUUCGAUCAGCUCUAAUAAACUUUGAGCAAAAAGAACUCAUAUGGUAAAAGUGAGUUUAAGCAUUUUAUGCUAACCAAAUAUUUGGUCUAUUCAUACCUAGAUUUUUAGAACUUAUUAAAUAUUAUACUUGAAGAUAGAAAAACUGAGGAUUCAGAAUACCUAACCUAUGUCUUAUUGAAGCAUCUGUAUUAAUUAUUAAAUUACUUAGUAAACCUGAAAAUGUCAAAUAAGUUAGCAAUUCAAUAAAAAAUGAACUUUAAAAUUUGACACCAAGAGUUUUUUGUAUCUUAGUCAAACUUCAACAAUUGAGUCAAAAAGGAUAGUUCCAAUGGGAUAAAUAUCUUUAGGAAUAAAUUUUCGAUAGAUAGAAAUUCCAUAAACUCUUAGAAUAGGCCAAUGACCUAUUUCCAAAGAAAUAGCUUUUCUAUUAAUACUUAGCUAUCUAUUUGGGAAAAGUAUGAUAUCUGGCUUAUAAUUAUAGUUUAGCCAAUCUUCUGAAAAUUCAAAAAUCUUUGCUGAAUUCUGGGAAUACCUUUUCUAACAAGAAGACUUAAGAAAGUUAAACUACAUCAUUCUAUCGGUUUUUAAAUAUUUCCUAAAAUCAACUUCUGUUCCCCUAUCUCUUAUGAGAAAUUAAUAAUUAGUUGAAUUAUGGUACAGAUAAUUUGGAAAUUCAAAUUCCGUUAUGAAAAGACUAGCAAAUAAGAUUGAAUAAUACUUGACUUAAAGAGAGACCACUUUUGAGGAUGUAGUUUACCUUAGAAGUAUUUAUGGUUAUCGAAUUCAUCCUAAGAAUGGAAUUGCAUAAAAAAUAUUAGCAAAAUUCACAGAAGAGGAAAUAGAUCAAUAUUUUGAGAACAUGAAAUAACAAGAGCAAUCCUCUACUGAUCCAAUAAAUAAACUCUAUUAUUUAAAUGAAAUAUAUGUCCUUGCCACUGUAAGUAAUACAAACAUUAAAGUCUUGACAUCUAUGAUAAAGUAUAUUUAUGAAAUUGGUUGCAUAAAUUUUGAAUAGAUUUACGAGCAAUUAGAUGACGAGUCUAAGCAAGCAUACCAAUUUGAAGAGAUAAAGAAAAAGUUUUUAGAUUAAUGUUAGAGUUUCUUUUAUUCACUUGUUGGAAAAGUUGCUGCUGUAACUAUUUUAUAUGAUAAGUAGAACGUGAAAGAUUUUGAUGAGUUGACAAAGUCCUUAUUAAAAUAACUUAAAAAAUCAGAUUUAAUUAAAUAAUAUAAAUUGAUUACUGGCAAAUAACCUAAAGAGUGUAUCAAGCAUUUAGUCAAUUCAAUCCUUAUGUUUUCAUUUCUCAAUGAAGAAGAAGGAUUAUAAAUUUUGGAAGAGUUCCAACACAUCGCAGGUGACAUUCAAGAUGAAGAACCAUAAAUAAAAAAGAAAGUAAAGACUAAUCCAGAGAAGGCAAAAGUUGUCCUAACUGAGGUUUUUAUUUAACUGUUAACUAAAUCUCCAUGUAACAUUAUAGAAUUAAUAUGUUUUAGAAUUCUUGAGAGAUGCUGUUAAUUAGUGUUGCAAAUCACUUGAAUUUACAACAGAAUGUUUAGAGAUUUUAUUAGAUGUAUUGUUGAAGGAAGACCAUGAGUAUAUUGCUGAGAUGCAACAAUAAGAAUUAGAUGAAGAGGAAGGUGGAGAUGAGAGCUUAGAGGAAGAAGAGGAAAAUUAAUGA